AUGGAGCCAGAGUCAAGGCAGGCCCUGUUCCACGUGGCCCUGGGUGCCUGCCUCUGUGUGGCCACUGUCUACACCGGCGUUUUUGAGGAUGUCUUCAUCCAAGUGGGCCACGAGCACUAUGCAGAGGCCCCUGUGGCCAGUCUCCCUGCCUUCGUAAUCAUGCCCUUCAACUCACUGAUCAACUUGGCCUACGUGCUCCUGGGAUGGUACUGGCUCCACAGAGAUGAGGGCACGCUGGGAUGCUUGGCAGAGGCGCCAAGGGCCCGUUACCUGAAGGAUGUCUUUGCCGCUAUGGCCCUCCUGUACGGCCCCGUCCAGUGGCUGCGGAUUGGGACUCAGGCACACCCUGCUGCCGUGCUCGACCAGUGGCUCACCUUGCCCAUUUUUGCAUGGCCAGUGGCCUGGUGCUUCUACCUGGACAAGGGCUGGCGGCCCUGGUUGUUCCUCUCCAUUGAAUGCCUCUCCCUGGCCAGCUACUGCCUGGCCCUGCUGCAUCCCUGUGGGUUUGAGGUUGCCCUAGGCAUGCAUAUCCUGGCCACUGUGGGGUUAGCCCUGCGCGCCCAGGCAGGGGCUGGCAGCGCCACCUCAGGCACGUAUCUAGCCCUGGGGAUGCUCUCCUGCCUGGGCUUCGUGGUCCUCAAGCUAUGGGACCACCAGCUUGCACAGUGGCAUCCCUUUCAGCAGCUGACGGGCCAUUUCUGGUCCAAAGUCUGUGACGUCUUCCAGUUCCACUUUGCAUUUUUGUUCCUGACAAAUUUAGACAGUCCCCAAAGACUCCCCCCUGAGAAGCAGCUUUAAACUGCCUUAUAACCGAUGAAUCCUCCCAGUGUUGAAAUGGACUUGAGAGGGUACUUAGGGUUUCCGAUGUUCAAUUCUUGGGGGUGAUGAUAGUCCAGUGGUUGGGGGGGAAGGUGAUCCUUCCCUCCGAAGUGCCGUACGUCAGUAUUUCAGUCACCAAAUGUUCUAACUGCUGCAGUUCCCUUUCAGUGGGGCCAGGUCUAGGUGAAGGGUGUUCAUUGUGCUGUUCUCCUAAAUGUUCUGUAGUUUAAAACUUGCCAAAAUAAAACGUUGGCGGGAAGGUGAUGAACUCGAGAAAUUCAUCACUCGAGGCAGGAGAGAAAACUGCCCUGUGCCAGAUUCGAGCUGUUUGUGAGCUCUGGGUGGGGCUGGUGAGUGUCCCCAGAGGUGAAUGAGUCAGGGAGGCUGGGGCACCCUACACAUGUACCCAGCAGCUUGAUGGAGAAACCACGAGCACUGUGACUCCCCAGCUGACGUGACCUUCACGUUGGCUGUGGGCAAGUCACACGGAAGCUACGCCACCUCGGAUCCUGCGUGGACAAGGCAGGGCAGACCUAGAUGACUAAACCAACACACAGACCUCCAAAGCUGACUUCUAAACUGAAUGUUGCUUGGUGGGUAUAGCCUGGGAGCCAGGGUGUGACUUAGAUGUCCUUAGAGGCUAGGGUUACUGCAGGGCCCGGUGUCUGUUGCCAUUGGAGACACAAGGCAAGGCCUGAGGAUUCCUGCGUCCCCAUCCCCCCAGGUCCUUACAAACCACCAUCUCCUAACUCAGAGUCUCCCCCACCCUCCCAGCGUGCCUCCCACGUGGAGACAGUUGUGAACUGGGCUCUCUGAUCUGACCCGCCAUUGGAUGUGUCCAGGCCCAGACUUGGGGCACGGAAGCAGGGCUGGCUGAUACGCAGGGCUUGGUUUCAUCGCAAGUUCUAUCUCAAAAGCCAUGGGCCCGAGGAAAGGAACCUGGCUCUGGGGUUCCCGAAGGCCUGCUCUUUGAUUACAGAGGCCUCCUCGAUUACAGAGGCCUCCUCGGUGGCACACAGAAACCUGGGGGCACUAGGGCCUUGGAGGGUGGCUCCUCUACUGACCGAGUGAGUGCUAUCUUCACACCCUUCAGUGAGUGGGCAUUCAAGGGGUUGGCUUCGUUCCCUGAGAGGUCCCAGGGGUUUAGUAUCCUCCAUUCCUCACCUUUGAGCUGCCAGCACCAAUGAUAAUUUUAUUUUUAGCCAAUAACUAUUUACUAACUAACCCUGCGAACCUUCUGGUUUUCAUGUCUCUCCUCGGUCAGAUGGGGUCCCUACAGGAAACAGAUGGCACUUUCAGAUUACGGUGAUUCAGGAGGGUUUAAGGGGAACUAGAACAUAGGGUGGGGGUGGAUGGGGCAGUGACCUUUCAAGGCAGGGAAACAACUGCCCCUAGUAUCCCUCUGUAACAGUCACUUGGCGGAGACAUCUGACCUCCACUAACUUCACAAGGGGGAAGGAUAAUCAAAAUCAACAGCCCAAGGCUGAUUGCUAAGAGGUAGGGGUCAAACAUACCUCCACCCUCCAUCUUUUUUACCAAUUCUGACACCAGCUGUCCCUGCCACAGCAUUCUCAACUUCUCUGCUGGGUUCAAUAAUUCAUUGCAGUGACCACACGGAACUUAGAAUACUCAUGAUUACGGGGCUUAUUAGGGAAGCAACAGGUUACAAUUCAGGAUACAAUUCUUCAAUCAGGACAGCCUUUUCUCAUUGGUGCCCAGAGGCAGGCCUCUCUCUCCAGACGUUGGCUCCUUGGCUGGCCUCUGCCCUGCUCAGGGAAGUGUUAUAAAACUCUUUAGCUCUACCAAUAAGUGCCUAGAGGCAUACCACUCUGCCAGUAGGCCUUGGCCCAACAGCACUCAGGUCUCUCGCUCCAUGGGUUGGCAAGCCUCCUGCCGGAAGGCACUCAGCUUUCUCGCUCCGUGGGCCAGGAAGCUCAAUGCGCCGUCUCCUGCCAGUCUCCUGGUUCUGCUGCUGCCAUUUCUGUGCUGCUGCUUAUCACCAUCUUGCCAACUCCAGUGUUACAGCUCUCUCUCACUGCUGGGUCUAGGAGGGUCUGAGCACAGGGACACUGGGUCCAAAAGAUGUGCUCUGCUCCUGGCUCUUCUUCUUGGUGGUCGUCAGGACCCUUCUGCUCUGGGAUUGGCUGUUCUUUUAGGCCUAGCAGGAUGGCAAAACUGACCAAUCCCCUCGUUAGGGUUCCAUAUACCUUAUUUGCAUGGUCCCACUCCCACAAGGGUGCCAUGCACCUUAUUUGUAUUAUUAGCAAGCUGUCCAAUCCCCUUGGUGGGCCACAGGCACAUUAUUUGCAUAACCCGAAAAGAAACCAAACCCACUGCCAUUGAGUUGAUUCUGACUCACAGUGACCCCAUAGGGUUUCCAAGGCUGUAAAUCUCUACCAAAGCAGAUUGCCACAUCUUUCUCCUGUGGAGCCGCUGGUGGUUUCAAACCACCAACCUUUUGGUUAGCAAUCGAUUGGUUUAACCACCGCAACACCAGGGCUCUUUUAUUUGCAUAAACAAACAAAAAGUUGCCAUCGAUUCCGACUCAUAGCAACCCUGUAAGAGAAGAGUGCAACUGCCCAAGAGGGUUUCCAAGGAGUGGUUGAUGGAUUCGAUUCGAACUGCCAACCUUUUGGUUAGCAGCAGAGCUCUUAACCACUGCACCACCAGGGUUCCCACCACAGGCAUAGAGGUUAGGAUUUACAACACAUAUUUUUAGGGGACAUAAUUCAAUCCAUAACAGCUCCGUAAAGAGUAAUUCCCCUUCUCCCCCCUCUUCCCACCCUUGGUAACCCUUAAUAAUGUUCGAUUUCUAUAUAUUUGCUUAUUUCAUGCAAGUGAGACCAUACAGCGUUUGUGUUUUUUGUGACUGACUUGUUUUGCUCUGCAUGAUGCUUUCAUGAUCCAUGUUGCGGCAUGCAUAGUGGCUUCAUUUCUCUUCAUGACUGAGUAGUAUUCCAUUGUAUGGAUAAACCACGUUUACCCAUCUGUCACGAAGGAGAUGUUGGAUAUUGGAUAGGAUGGAUAUGUCAGCGACUAUUGCACACUCGAAUUUGUUUUAAAGCUUUUUUUAACUGAAGUCAAAUUCACAUAAGACUAAACUAAGCAUUUUAAAGUGUACCAUGCAUUGCCAUUGAGUACCUUUACAAAGUUGUACAACCACCACCUCCAUCUCAUUCCAGAACAUGCAUCACCCCAAAAGAUCUCUGACCCCUUAGCAGUCACUGUCCAUUUUCUCCUCCCCCAGCCCCUGGAACCACAAGUCUGCUUUUUGUCUCUAUGAAGUUGCCUCUUCUGGACAUUUCUUAUCAGUGUAUCAUACAAUAGGUGGUCUUUUGUGUCUGGCUUCUCUCACUCAACAUCAGCUUUUCGAGGUUCAUGAAUGUAGCAGCAUGACACCCCUUUUUUUAUUUGCUAAACCUGGCCACCUUACAUUGAGCCCAGUGGUCCGAAGUCUGUGCAGGGGCCCUAUGUCCUGCGCCAGCCCUGGGGACCCCAUUCCUUGCGGAGGCUCGGAUGUUUGAGAUGCAGAGAAGGAGGCUGGAAUUCUGAGGAAUUCCUUCUCUGUCCUUUUGUGCCUUGUCUCCUCAGAGAGCCAGGAACGGCCCUGAGUUCAGAAGAGCUGGGCCAUCUGCUGGGGGAGAGGGUUUUUAGUAUUGCUGUCGGUAUUACUGUGCCAUCGGACCCCAUGAGCAGCCAAGAAGCCCCUGUUUACCAGGUGGGUCCUCUACCCCAAACUUUGCUCAAGGUUAUAAAGCUGGGAAGGAUCUUAGAAAUCAUCUGUGCCAACCCCAUCAUAGCCUUGGGGUUCUGGUCUUGCUUGAAACAGCCUUCCAGAUACCCAGGUUAUACUUGUCCGCGCAUCAGCUAGCUUAGUCAAAUCUUAACAUCUCCUACGGCUGCUUCAGAUCUAUUUCUUGUAAAAUAAUAACCACUAUAUAAAUUAUUAUAAAAUAGUUGAAUUUUAUACGUAUAAAUACAAUAUAAUAAAAUACAGCAAAUGUCAUCAUUGUUAACCUGAUGAUUUACCAAACUGUAGUUAACCAGCACCUUGUGUGAUUGUGUUUUAUUAAGGCAAAGAAAUGCCAGAAUCCUGUGGGCGUCAUUUCAUUGCAGCCUGGGAGAAAAAAGAUUUUGUUUCUUGGCACUUAAAAUUAGGCACAUCAACUAGGUAAAGUGUUUCCCUCCCCCAUCUGCAGGUCUCCAUUAGUAGGGAUAUUUGCAUAAAUAUAAACUAGCCUCUUUCUGCCAGCACAGAAAGCUGCUUCUCUGCGGGGUUCCCAGGGCGCUAUUCAGUGAUUUGCUGGAGUGUGCUAGUCAACGGAGAGCCCAGCUCCUGCCUUUCUCUACGUGAAGUGCAGCUGCUGCUUGGACAGUGGUUGUCCCUCAGGUCCUGCUACCCCUUUUCGUGGUUUUUUUCUAGUCUUUUGUUCCGUUGCCUACCUUUCACUUUGAUCUUUGCUCUCUUUUUCUCUUCAGAAAGCGGACUUCUGGUUUUGUUUCUGCCUUUUCUUUCUCGCCUUCCCAGGGGCCCUGCCUGACUGCCAGGACCUCACCAGGGCAUCCAUGCAGCAACCAUUUUGGUGAGCUCGGAUCUCUUCCUUUUAAAGAACGGAAACACUAUACCCCACCUUCCUGCCCCCAGGUAACCACCACCUGGAUUUUGAUAGUUAUCCCCCACGCACAUGUUCUUACACCUCUCCUAUAUGGAUAUAGCCACCACAUGGGCUUGCAUUGCUUUCACUUUAUACAAAUGGCACCAUGCUGUCCAGACCCUUCUGUGACUGGCUGCAGGACCAGGUCCAUUACAGUUUCCUUCCACAGUCUCCCAUUGGGGUGGUCCCUCAUUUUGUGCAUUUUCUGUAUGUGACUCUCGGUGCCAACAUGUGCAAGCUUCGUUAGGGGAUCCACCUUCAACUUUACUAAAAACCAAAAAAAACAAACCCGUUGCCAUCGAGUCGAUUCCGACUCAAAGCAACCCUAUAGGACAGAGAACUGUCCCAUAGGGUUUCCAAGGAGUGCCUGGUGGAUUCGAAACACCGACGUUUAUGGUUAGCAGCUGUAGCUCUUAACCACUACGCCAUGAGGGUGUCUUCAACUUUACGAGAAGUUGCCAAAUCCCUGGCCAAAACGCUUGCCUGAAACUGCAUGUCCACCAGUGUUUCGGUUGCUCCACAGCACUAGGUGUCGUCAGAACAUUUACCAUCCGCCCAUCUGAUGGGGGUGAACGAGAAUUCCAUUUCACCUUGGUUUACCUUUCCCUGCUUAAAAUUGAGGUUGAUCUCGUCUCUGCAAUUCACUAGCUGGGAGGCCUUGGUGUUUCUUAAGCUCUCUGUGCCUCAGUUUCCUCUCCCUAAAAUGAGAUGCUAACAGUGCCUCCCUCCCAGGGUGUAGGGUGCUUGUGAGGAUUAGACGAGGUAAGCCAUGCGUCCUAGUCUCCUAGUGCUGCUAUAACAGAAACGCCACGAGUGGUGGCUUUAAGAAACAGAAAUUUAUUUCCUCACAGUUCAGGAGGCUAGAAGUCCAAAUUCAGGGCACCAGCUCCAGGGGAAGGCUUUCUCUCUCUGGCAGCUCUGGGGGAAGGGCCUUGUCUCUUCAGUUUCUGUUCCAUGGCUCUUGGCGAUCUUCAUGUGCCGUGGCAUCUAUCUUCCCCCAUCUCUGCUUGCUUCGCACUGCCCAAUCUGCUCGUUUUGUAUCUCAAAGGUGAUGGUCUUAAAACACCGUAUACUGAUAGGUCUCCUAACAUAACAAAGAAAACCCAUUCCCCAAUGGGAUUAUAACCACAGGUAUAGGGGUUUUUUAUAGGGGUUAGGAUUUACAACACAUAUUUUGGGGGGACACAUUCCCCAAUGGGAUUAUAACCACAGGUAUAGGGAUUUUUUUAUAGGGGUUAGGAUUUACAACACAUAUUUUGGGGGGACACAAUUCAAUCCAUAACACCGCAGAAAUAGCUUAGGAAAGGCACUGCAUGUAAUAAGUUGUUGGUGAAUGUCAACUUGAUCACAGCCUUGUGUUGUGAGGGAGGCAGGGCAGGAGACAGGAAUCAUGGUAGUAGCUGAAGGUUACUGAGGGCUUAGUAUCUAGGAAACUGAGUUGAGGGAAGUUGAGUGACUUCCAAGUUCAUGGAGAUAGGAAGGGGUCAAGGUGGGACUUGGGGCUUUGGACUUCCCUCAUGUGCUCUGGGCUUCUACCUUGAUGUUUCAAACUAGACUCCGUGAAGCCUGAGCCUCCACAACUUUGGCUUCAAUUUUCACUUUGAAAAUACAUGUUUUAUUCUGAGAGAGGAACAUACAGGUCAAUUAGAAUUAGUAUACAUAGUUCAUAAAGAAAAUGUUCUCCCCGGAUGCCGUGCUAACCAGAACUGAAACCAUUCCUGAAACCCACUUUUCAGGCAAAGAUUAGACAGCUCUAUAAAACAAAGAAAACCACACACUUGAGGAAUGUGCAUCUUAGUUCAGUCAGAUACAUGAAACCAAAUGGGCAGCUCCUGUCCCAAAGCAGGACGAGAAGGCAGGAAGGGGCAGGAACUGGUUGAGUGGACACAGGGAACCUGGAGUGGAAAGGGGGAGCAUGCUGUCACAUUGUGGGAGUUACAAACAAUGUGUGUGGAAAUGUUGGAAUGAGAAAUUAACUUGAGCUGUAAACUUUUACCUGAAGCACAAUAAAAAAUGUUCUACAUCCUACUUUGGUGAGUAGGGUCUGGAGUCUUAAAAGCUUGGGAGCAGCCAUCUAAGAUACAUCCUACUGGUCCCAUCCCAUCUGGAGCAAAAGAGAAUGAAGAAAACCAAAGAUACAAGGAAAAUAUUACCCCAAAGGACCACACUGAGACCAGAUCCUCCACCAGCCUGAGCCCAGAAGAACCAGACGGUACCCAGCUACUGCCACCAACUGCUCUGGCAGGGGACACAGCAAAGAGUCCUGGACAGAGCAGGAGAAAAAUGUAGAACAAAAUUCAAAUUCAUGAAAAAAGCCCAAACUUACUGGUCUGACAGAGACUGGAGGAACCCCUGAGACUAUGGCCCCCAGACACUCUGCUAACUCAGAACGGAAACCAUUCCUAAAGCCCACUUUUCAGACAAAGAUUAGGCAGCACACAUGAGGAAUGUGCUUCUUAGCUCAAUCAAGUAUACGAGACCAAAUGGGCCACACCUGCCCAAAAGCAAAGAGGAAAAGGCAGGAACUGGUUGAAUGGACGCAAGGAACGCGGGGUGGAAAGGGGGAGUGUGCUGUCACAUUGUGGGGAUUGCAACCAGUGUCACAAAACAAUACGUGAAUAAAUGUUUGAGUGAGAAGUUAACUUGAGCUGUAAACUUUCACCUAAAAGCACAAUAAAAUAAAAAAAAGCAAUAGAGAAUUCACAUACCAUACAGUUCACCCUUUUAAAGUGUACAGUGCAGUGGUUUGUCAUGUAUUCCCAAGGUUGUGCAGCCAUCACCACUGUUGAAGUCCAGAACAUUUUCAUUAGCCCAAAAGAAACCCUGUACCCAUUAGUAGUCACUGUCCAUCCCCUCCCCACUGCCCCUAGCCCCCAGCAGCCACUAUCUACCUUCUGUCUCUAUGGAUUUGCCUGUUCUGGACAUUUUAUAUCAGCGGAUUCACACAAUAGGUAGCCUCUUGUAUCUGGUUUUCAAGGUUCAUUGUAGCCCACUUCAGAACUUCAUUCCUUUUUAUGACUGAAUAAUAUUCCAUUGUAUAGAUAUACCACAUUUUGUUUAUCCAUUCAUCUGUUGAUGGGCACUUAGGUUGUUCCACUCUUUGGCUAUUGUGAAUAGUGCUACAGUGAACACUGGUGUACAAGUCUCUGAGUCCCUGAUUUCAAUUCUCUUGGGUAUAUAUCUAGGAGUGAAAUUGCUAGCUCAAAUUGUAACUGUAUGUUUAAGUUCUUGAGAAACUACCAAACUCUCUUCCACAGCAGCUGCACCAUUUUACAUUCCCACCAGCAAUACGCAAGGGUUUCAGUUUCUCCACGUCCUAGUCGGUACGUGCUGUUGUCUGUCUUCUCGAUUAUCGCCAUUCUAGUAGGCAUGGAGUAGUAUCUCGUUGUGGUUGGAAAAUACAUUUUCAACUUCGAAAAACUGUCACCAGCACCACAAGAGCACCUGCACUCAGCUGGGUCACAUAUCGUGUGGCGUGGCCCAUGCCGGCAUCUCGGCCUCACGAAGGGGGUCCUGCCGUUGCAGUCUGAGCUGUUGAGAGACGUUCGCCAUUUGAAGCUUCUGCCUUUGCCGUUCAGAUUGGCUUCCCCCCACCCAGUUGUCUUUUAUAUUGUCAGCCAAAACAGCGGGAGGACCUGAGCCUGGACCUCCACCGUGAACCGAGGGAUGCUGUGCCGGCCUUCGGAAGCUGCUGCGGGGAUAGCUCCAGCAAAUGACAGCUGUAGCCUCAGCAAGAACUUCAGAUCGCAGAAUUCUCAGGAGUACAGAGAUUGGCAGAUUGGACCCAAACCUUCAGAUCCACGCUUGUGCUGUUUACUAGAGACGUACCUCAAACAUAUGUCCGUGGAAAGAGUCAGUGGACAAGAAUGAGCCAAAAGAUAAUUCUAGGCAACUAGGAACUGAAAGAAAGGUGGCAUUGCUAUAUUAACAUCAGACAAAAUAGACUUUGAGAACAAACAAAAACGUUUUAGGAAUAAUGUUAAAAUGGCCUUACCGUAUGAAACAAAAGCUGAUGGAACUCCAGAGGAAGACAGGCAGGUCCACCACCAUGGAUGGAGGUUUCUGCACUUCCCUCGAAUGUCUUUGGGUUGAGCAGACAAUUCAGUAAGAUGCAAAAGAUGGGAACAACCUCGUGACUAAGGGCAAUCUAAAGGACAAGUCCACUACUUGUCUGUCAGUUUGUCCUACUGUGGUGGCUUGCAUGUUGCUGUGAUGCUGGAAGUUAUGCCCCAGGUAUUUCAAAUACCAGCAGGGUCACCUAUAGUGGACAGGUUUCAGCAGAGCUUCCUAAGGCAGACUAAGAGGAAAGGCCUGGCGAUCUACUUCUGAAAAUUAGCUAAUGAAAAUCCUGAUAUAGAGCCCCCUGGGUUGGAAGGUGCCACAAAUAGUUGAAACAAGGGACUUCGAGAUUACCAACGAUCUUGAAGAUGGUGCAGGACCAGCAAGGUUUUGUUCUGUUGUGCAUGGGGACACCAUGAAUCGGAGCCAGCUCUAUGACAACUAAUAACAAUAACAAAACCUGGACAGGUUGGAAACCCUGCCCCCAGGAUGUAUGCCAAACACAUGAUUUUCCCAAGUCCAUGACGGCAUCUAAGACACUGAUCACAUCCUAGACCACAAGCGGCAGCUGCCCUGAAACACACCAGUUUUUCUUUUGAAUUUUUAUACUUCAUUUUUUUAGAGCAGUUUUGGGUUUACAGAAAAGUUGCACAGGAAGUAUAGAGAGUUGUCAUAUCCCCCUCUGCUCUGCACUCUCCUUGGGACAGUUGAGGAACCCAUCUGGGUACAUCAUUAUUAACUAUAGUCCAUAGUUCACACUGUUGUUGUUAGUUGUUUCCCAGUUGGUUCUGACCGAUAGCAACCCCAUACGUUAGGGUUCAUUCUGUUGUACAGUCCUGCGGGUUUUGACAAAUGUACAGACAGAACAGCUUCACUGCCCUAGAAAUGGCCUGUGGUCCACCUAUUCAUCUGCCCCCUGCCUGAAACCCUGGCAACCAUGGAUUUCUUUUACUGUUUCCAUACUUUGACCUUUUCUAGAAUUCAUUUACUUGGAAUCAUAUGAUAUACGGCCUUUUCAGACUGGCUUGCUUCCGUAAAUAUCUACAGCCUUGGAAACCCUACGUGGUCUCUAUGAGUUGGAGUCAACGCGAUGGCAGCGGGCUUGGUUUUUUUGGUUUUCUUUCACUUAGCAGUAUCCAUUUAAAGUUCCUUCAUGUCUUUUUGUGGCUUGAUAGCUCAUUUCUUUUUAUUGCUGGAUAGUACUCCAUUGCAUGGAUGUACUAGAGUUUGUUUAUCCGUUCACCUAAUGAAGGACAUCUUGGUUGCUUCUAAUAUUUGCCAAUUAUGAAUAAAGGUGCUAUAAACAGUCAUGUGUAGGUUUUUCUGUGGACAGAAGUUUUCGAUUUGGGUAGAUAUCUAGGAGCACUAUUGCUAGGUCAUGUGACCCUAAUACCUCGAAACAUGUUUUCUCCUUUUCAAAAUGGGUGAUUGAGAGCUUGACCUAACUAACGCCAUAAUGAUGCUCUAAGUAACCUAUAAGCAUUUUUUACUGCACCAGCUGCACUGCUCUCUUUGCAAAGGCGUGAGGAGCCCUCUCGGCUCCCUGCAGCCUUGGUCCCUCUCCUCUUCUUUGUUCUCUUGAGAAAUGACCUUCAGCCUGCAAGGCAGCAGCUAGGAAGGCUGCCUGGCACUUUUGGUCUCCAACUUUCUCUCUUACUCCUUAUCUCAGUCAGAGUGGACUUGGCAGACCAACUUCACUAGCUGAGAGAUUCUUAUGUAAGUUUAUUUUUCAGCCUGUUACAAACAUACUGAUUAGAGUCCAGGUGUCCGACGUGCAUAUCUUUAGUUCAAUAAAGAGUUUCUUGCAGUUCUGUGAUAUAUACAACCAUCUGUGGGCUACAGGCUUAAAAACGUUAGGUAAUCCUUGCCAAAAUGAUACAUAAGCUCUGAUGUAAAAAUUGCUUUUGGGAGGACUCCAUCAAGGACAGCCUGCAUUGCUGUCGCCUGCCCCCUCAGUGGUGUCACCUCCUAAUGAAACUUCCUCUACCUUCUAACUUGGAGUACGUUUCAUUGGCUCGACUGCUCCAGGGCACGGACCCCAAUUGGGUAAUAGGUCACAUGGUAAGAUUAUAUUUAGCUUUGUAAGAAACUGCCAGAGCUGUCUUCCCACGUGGCUGUCCCUUUUACAUUCCCGCCAGCACUGAGUGACAGCUCCUGUUGCUCCACAUCCCAGGUUAUCCAGCAUCUGCACUUGACAUGAACCGGGGCUUUACUACUGCACUCCUUGCCUUAACAUGACUUUACUAUUCCAAGAAGUUCUUGUCUAGGAAGAGGAAGUUGCAAAUAACUUUGCUACUUAGUUAAAAGACUUCCUGAAAAUCCUUUAUCCAAGCAUUAAGUUUAGUUAACUAGCCCUCUUCAGGGUAACAGCCCCCUUUUGAAAAAAAUACAUCACUCAGCUGGGCUUUUCAAGGCCUUUGCCUUACUACACCCACUAAUCCUAAACACCUUUUGUUCAAUCCCAAACAGUCCCCCUCAUUAAACAGACCUGCCUUAAAUCAGACCCUAAAAACCUUACGGGGAGGGGGAGGGGGGAAGAUAAAAGAAGGUCCUCAGAGAAACACAAUAGCAUUAACAAUUAUUAUUGAAUAUACCAUGGACUGCCAGAAGAAUGAAUAAAUCUGCCUUGGAAGAAAUAAAACCAGAAUGCUCCUUACAAGCAAGGGUGGUGAGACUGCAUCUUACAUACUUUGCACAUGUUGUCAGGAGGGAUCAGUCCGUGGGGAAGGAUGUCAUGCUUGGCAGAGUACAGGGUCAGCAGAAAGGAGGAAGACCCUCAACGAGGUGAACUGACACAGUGGCUGCAACAAUGAGCUGAAGCAUAACAACGAUUGUAAGGAUGGCUCAGGACUGGGCAGUAUUUCGUUCUGUUGUGCAUAGGGUCGCGAUGAGUCAGAACCGACUCGACGGCACCUAACAAGAACAACAACAAUAUAAAGGUUACAAGGGUCACACUUGCAAAGAUUUAUUUUGUUUGCUGAGCAAAUGAAUCUGAGAAAGUGGACUAUGUGAAGAAGAACGGGGCAUCAGGAUUGGAGGAAGACUUAUUAACAACCUGCGUUAUGCAGAUGACACAACCUUGCUUGCUGAAAGUGAAGAGGACUUGAAGCACUUACUAAUGAAGAUCAAAGACCACAGCCUUCAGUAUGGAUUACACCUGAACAUAAAGAAAACAAAAAUCCUCACAACUGGACCAAUGAGCAACAUCAUGAUAAACGGAGAAAAGACUGAAGUUGUCAAGGAUUUCAUUUUACUUGGAUCAACAAUCAACAGCCAUGGAAGCAGCAGUCAAGAAAUCAAAAGAUGCAUUGCAUUGGGCAAAUCUGCUGCAAAGGACCUCUUCAAAGUGUUGAAGAGCAAAGAUGUCACCCUGAAGACUAAGGUGCGCAUGACCCAGUCCAUGGUAUUUUCAAUUGCAUCAUAUGCAUGUGAAGGCUGGGCAGUGAAUAAGGAAGACGGAAGAAGAGUUGACUCCUUUGAAUUGUGGUGUUGGCGAAGCAUAUUGAAUACAGCAUGGACUGCCAAAAGAACGAACAAAUCUGUUUUGGAAGAAGUGUGGCCAGAAUGCUCCUUAAACGCAAGGAUGGCGAGACUGCGUCUUACAUACUUUGGACAUGUUGUCAGGAGGGAUGAGUCCCUGGAGAAGGACAUCAGGCUUGGCAGAGUACAGGGUCAGCGGAAAAGAUGAAGACCCUCAAUGAGGUGGAUUGACACAGUGGCUGCAACAAUGAGGUCAAGCAUAACAACAAUUGUGGGGAUGGCUCAGGACCGGGCAGUGUUUCGUUCUGUUGUACACAGGGUCGCUAUGAGUCUGAACCGACUCGACGGCACCUAGCAACAGCAACAACAUGGCGUGUGAGUCAGAAUCAACUGGACAGCAGUGGGAUUUUUUUUGGUUAUGGCCAACAAUUGCAGUUGGGAAAAUGGGGAACCUUCUCCCUUAGCAGCCAAGCUCUUAACCACUAUGGCACCAGGGCUCACAGUUCUCAAGGCUGAAAACCCCAAUCAAGGUGUCAAUCAUCUUAGUUUCUUCUGAGACUCUGAGGGAAAAUCUGUUCCAGGGCUCUCUCCCAGCUUCUGGUGACUCCAGGGGUGCCUUGCUUGCAGAUGCAGCGUCCCAUGGCAUCCUCCCUCUGUUUCUCUGUCUCUGUGCACAGAGGUUAGGACUGAACAUGUCUUUUUUGGGAACAAUAUUCAACACAUAACAUUAUCUAUUAUGCCAAUUGUUGUUCUCUUGGAUAAAGUAUUUAAACAUGAAAAAAUCUACUCAUAGUAGAAGAAAACAUGAGUGACUUUUUAAAUGCCCUUGACAUGGGGAAAUAAACAAGCCAGAGGCUAUAAAGGAAAAUAAGAAUCCAUUGUUGCAAGUUCCAGGAACAAAGUCAAGGCCAAAUCACCAACCAGGAGAGAAGACUGGCAACCCUCAGGGAGAGACCACGGGUCACUCUCCUGAGUGUGGAAAGAACUCCAUGCACCAACAAGAAGACCCACAGCCCCGGAGAAAAAUGACUAAGGCUCUGACCUGAGGGCUGGGAGGAAGAAAUUCAAAAGGUUAAUGAAGUUGAUGAAGGAAUGUUCAAACUUUCUCCUCAUGAAAGAAAUGCUAAUAAAAAACAAGAUGCACCUUUUCCCCUGUUAGAUUCACAAAGGUGAAACGUUUGCAUUAUAAUACUCAAUGCUGUAGAGGCCACAUUGAGGACAAAGGUGCCAGACCCAGGCCAAGGUGUUUUCAGUCACCUCAUAUGUAUGUGAAAGCUGGACAAUGAAUAAAGAAGACCAAGGAAGAAUUGACACCUUUGAAUUGUGGUGUUGGCGAAGAAUAUCGAAUAUACCACGGACUGCCAAAAGAAGGAACAAAUCUGUCUUGGAAGAAGUACAACCAGAAUGCUCCUUAGAAGCAAGGAUGGCCAGACUCCGUCUUACGUACUUUGGACAUGUUAUCAAGAGGGAUCAGUCCCUGGAGAAGGACGUCAUGCUGGGCAAAGUACAGGGUCAGUGGGAAAGAGGAAGAUCCUCAAAGAGGGGGAUUGACGGGUGGGUGGCUGCAAGAAGGGGCUCAAACAUAGCAGGGAUUGUGAGGAUGGCACAGGACUGGGCAGUGUUUCACUGUGUUUUACAUAGGGUCACUACGAGUCAGAACAGACUUGAAGGCACCUAACAACAACAAUCAAAAUGACGUUGCACUGUCAGGCCUAGGGCAAAACAAAAACACAGCAGGUGGGGACAACCUAACUGACCCUCCAUAAAAAACCAGAAAACCAAACCCAGUGUCCUCGAGUGGAUUCCGACUCGUAGCGACCCUAUGACCCUAUAGGACAGAGCAGAACUGCCCCACAGAGUUUCCAGGGAGCGCCUGGUGGAUUCCAACUGCCGACCCUUCGGUUAGCAGCCGUAGCACUUAACCACUGCGCCACCAGGGUUUCCGAGCCUCCAUAGAGGACUGCUUAAAUAAAUUAUAGUACGUUCACAGGGUGGACUACUCUGCAACUCGAAAAGAGCACAAAAUACGUGUCCUUGAAGAAGAAUCUUAAUGUAUAUUGUUAAGGGAAACAAGCAAGGGGCAGCAUGACAUGUGAAGUAUGAGUCACAGGGGCGUUAAACACGGGGACUUCGGGGAUCCCAGGAGGAGACUGGAGACAGGGGAUGCUCUUCAACCAGUGGCUGUUGGAUUGAUCCCGACUCACGGUGACCACCACGUCUCAGAGUAGAACUGUGCUCCGUAGCGCUUUCAAUGGCUGAUUUUUCGGAAGUAGAUCACCAGGCGUUUCUUCUGAGGCACCACUGGGUGGACUGGAACCACCAACCUUUCCAUUGGCAGCAGAGCGCCUUCACCAUCUGCACCCCCAGGGACUCGGAGCUGCUUAAGAGGAUUAUAUACGGGCGAAGCAAUAGAUACAUUGGAAAGUAUCAUAGGUGGAGAGAGUGAGAAGGGAUUUUUCUUCCUUUGUACAUUGCAUAGGGUUGCUAUGACUUGGAAUUGACUGGAUGGCAGUGAACUUUGACUUGGGUUUGUAUGUUGCUGUAAAUUUUUUUUUUUUUAACGAGUAGGGAUUUUUCAAAGGAAAAGCUUGUUUUAAAAACAUAGGCUCUAAAAACGUACUGGGUAGAAAAAAAUAAGAUCAUGGUGGCUGGGAACGGGCCUCUCUUCUGAUCUGGGCUGGCUGUGCUCAAUGGUUGCCUUAGAAACAGGGGAAGCGAGGGGGGUUGGGUAUCUCCGGUAGCCAUUAAGGCAGUGACUCAGCAGAAAACCCAGCCAGCCCUGGCAGGAGGUGUCCGUCCCUUCCGUUUUCCCCUGCUGACUUUCAUUCUCUUCCAGAAAAACAAGAGCUAGGGAAUAUUUCUGAUGGUACAUUGGCAAUCAGGUGAGAUGAUAAAAAAUGAAGGUGGUAUAAAGAAGAUGACCUUCUCGUCUAGUUGCUCACUAGGUGGGCUUCCUUGCUCCCCUGUCCCUAGGAAUCCACAGGUUCCCUUUUCAGCCAGUCCUUUGGCUCUACUUAAUAUGCAGCCUCCAUUAUGGACACUUCAUUCUCAGCCCUCCUGCUGACAGUGGCAAACAAGCUUCCUUUCACAAGGGCUUGGUCAAGGUUCCUACAGCAACCAGGGUCCUAUAGACCACAAGCAUGGCUCUUGGAAUGUUCAGAAAAAAAAAAACCUCACCACUAGUGGUGGAGUUGAAUAUGGUUCACAAAUUCAGCAGAGUGGAAAGCUAAGGGACCCAAGUUUGACUUGACUUCAUUCUGAAUUGCCUGGGGACAGAUCUGUUUCAAAUGAGGAUAAACCAACAAUAAAGUUUAAUAUCUGAGACCAGAAGGAUCAAAAUGAGUUCGUUUUGUGGGUGCCCCUGCUGAGCCCGUGUCCACAGACUGCGGGGAGGUUAAUGAGUGGCUGUCCCCAUAAAAGAUGACGGGGGCCUGGGCCAAGGCCAGGGCGCGGGCCAGGCAGAUGGUGAGAGGUAUAUGGAAGAAAUAGAGCUUUUGGAAGAAGAUGAGUUGUGUUGGUUAUUUGAUGUUGGGGGAGGAGGUGAGGAAAUGGGCCAAUAGAUCAACUCAAUUCCUACUCACAGGGACCCAGAGGACAGAGUAGAACUGCCCCAUAGGGUUUCCAAGGCUAUAAAUCUUUUCAGAAGCCCACUGUCACAUCUUUCUCCCUCAGAGCAGAAGGUGGAUUCGAAUUGAUGACCUUCUGCUUAGCAGCCAAACUGUUAACCACUGCGCCACCAGGGCUCAAUUACCUACAAAGGUGCAAUAAUAAGACUUAGGGCUGACUUUUCAAUAGAAAUAGUAGAAGGCAAUGGAAUGAUAUCUAUGAAUGUGCUGAAAAACUGCAAGCCUAGAAUUCUACAGGUGACAAAAAAUAUCCUUUAAAAAAGUGAAGGCAAAAUAAAUACAUUUUCAGACAAAGGUUGAGGCAAUUCAAUGUCAGCCUACCGGCACUCCAAGAAAUAUUAAACGGAAGUCUUCAAAUGAAGGAAAGUGAUCCCACACAUGAAAAGAUGCUCAACAUCACUAGUCCUUAAACGGAAAAGAAAAAAAACAAACCCAAACCCAUUGCCAGCAAGUCAAAUUCCAACUCCUAGCAACCUGUAGGACACAGUAGAACUGCUCCAUAUGGUUUCCAAGGCCGUAAUCUUUACCCAAUAGGAUGGCACAUCUUUCUCCAGUGGAGCUGCUGUGAUUAGUCCUUAAAAGUCCCCAUAGCGACCCUAAAUGACAGAGUGGAACUGCCCCACAGACUGUCCAAGGAGCAGCUGGUGGAUUCAAACUUGGGACCUUUUGUUUAGUAGCCGGGCUCUUAACCACUGUGCCACCAGAGCUCCUCAUUAGUCUUUAGGGUGAUACAAAUGCAAAUCAAAAUACAAUAAGAUACCACUAGAAUGGCUAUAACCAAAAAGGCAGAUGAUAGUAAGUGUCGGUGAGGAUGUGGAGAAAUUGGAACCUUCCAAUUUUGAUGGUGGGGAUGGAAAAUAGCUCAGUCACCUUGGAAAACAGUUUGACGGUUCCUCAAAAAGUUAAACAUAGAGUUACCCUAUGACCCAGCAAUUCCAUUCCUAGGUAUCUACUAAAGAGAAAUGAAAACAUGUCCACCCAAAAACUUGUACAUGAAUGUUUAUAACAGCAUUAUUCAUAAUAGCCAGAAGGUGGAUAAACAACCCAAGUGUCCAUCACCUGAUGAACAGAUAAACACCGAUGCACCCAUACCACAGAACAGGACCUACUGACACAUGCUACAACAUGGAUGAACCUUGAAGCCAUGAUUCUGAGUGAAAGAGGCCAGUCACAAAAGACCACAUAGUGUAAGAUUCCAUUUAUAUGACAUGUCCACAUUAGGCAAAUCCAUACACAUAGAAUGCAAAUUUGUGGCUGCCUCAGGCUACAAAGGGGUUUAAGGGGAGAAUGGGGGGUGGCCGCUAACUAGAUUAUGGUGUUGGUUGCAGGACUCCAAAUAUAAGAGAUUGAACUGCACACUUUAAAUAGGUGGCCCUAAUGGUAUGUGAAUUAUAUCUUACUAAAGCUGUUAAAAAGGAAACCCGGUGUGCUUGCCCCUAAACCAAAACCCAUUGUGUCGAGUCGGUUCCAACUGAUAGCCACCCUAUAGGAGAGAGUAGAACUGCCCCAUAGGGUUUCCAAGGAGCCCUUGGUGGAUUUGAACCGUCAACUUCUUGGCUAGUAGCCAAGGAACACCUGGGACUAUUGAAAGCUGGAAGAGACAAGAAGGACCUCCCCCUAGAGCCUUCAGAAAGAGCAGGGCCCUGCCAACACCCUGAAUUUGGACUCCUAACGUCCAGAACUGUGAGACAAUAAAUUUCUGUUGUUUAAAGCCACUCCUUUGUGUAUAUUGUUGUGGCAGCCCCAAGACACUAAUAUGCCCUCCAAUUUCUUCUUCAAGAUUGUUAAAGCAAUUCUAGGUUCUUAGCAUUUCCAUAUAAAUUGUGGAACAAUUAGAACGCCAUACAUUGCUUGUGGGAAUGGCAAAUGGUACAGCCCCUUUGGAAAACAGUUUGGCAGUGUCUUAAAAAGUUACCAUACACUUAACCAUACGAAAAAAAAAAAAACCCCAUUACCAUCGAGUCGAUUCGGACUCAUAGCGACCCCAUAGGACAGAGUAGAAAUGCCCCAUAGAGUUUCCAAGGAGUGCCUGGCGGAUUCAAACUGCCAACGCUUUGGUUAGCAGCCAUAGUACUUAACCACUAUGCCACCAGGGUUUCCAUACACUUUUUGGGGGUAACCAUAUGAUCCAGCAAUUCCACUUCUAGGGAUUUACCCAAGAGAAAUGAAAACGUAUGUCCACACACAGACUCCGACAGGAGUGUUCAUCAAGAUAUUCACUAUAGGUAGGUGGAUAAACAACUUGUAUAUGCAUACAAGAGAACACUACUCAGCAAUAGAAGGGAAUAAGCUAUUGCUACACACUACAGCAGAGAGUGACGCCGGACAGAACCAGCAUACCUAAAGUAGGAACCAUUUACAUACGCUUCUAGGAAAAGCAAGCUAAUGUACAGAGACAGAGAGCAGAUCAGUGGUUGCCUGGGGUGAGAGGAGGGCGGGGCCGAAGGGAGGGAUUGCAAAGGGGCAGAAGGAGACUUUUGGGAUGAUGGAUAUGUUCCUUAUCUAGAUUGUGGCAAUGGUUUCACAGACAUAUGCCAAAACUUCUCAAACCCUUCAUGUGGGGUUUAUUAUAUGUCGACUAUACCAGCAAUAAAGAUGUUUUAAAAAAUAAAAUGUAUCUCUUCUAAGUAGCAUAUUUUUUUCUUUAAUGCAGUUUUUGGCAAUCUGUGUGUUUUAUCCAUUUACAUUUUAAUGUAUUUACUGAUAUGGUUGCGUUUAAGAGUACUGUCUUACCAUUUGUCUUCUAUCCCAGCCUCCCUUCUGUCCUUUGUUCCUUCCUUUUCCCCCGACUUCAGACCAUCUUCACACUCUUACCACACUCUUCCCUACAUACCUACCCUUUCUGGGGCUCUUCCUGCCUUCCUGCAGGUCUCUUCUUCCCUCUGAAAUCUCUUUCUUUCUUCCCCUCUCUCUUUCCUUCUCUCCCUCCUUCCAUUCCUUCCUUCUUUCCUUAGUACUGAAAUGACUAUUUCUUGGCAGAAAAUAAGGUCAAAAAAUAACCAGAGGAUAACAUUACAAUUGGAGACAUUAAAGGAUAUGAGAAAACACCCAUUGUCAGCUGUUUGCUGAGUUUUACUCCUCCCACAAACAUCACCAAAACCUAUGGGCCCCAGAGCAUAACCAAAAAUAAAUAAAUAAAUAAAACCAAACCUGGUUGCUGUUGCGGUUGAGUGGAUUCUGACUCAUAGCGACCCAGAGUAGAACUGCCCCGUAGCGUUUCCAAGGGGUGCCUGGUGGAUUCAAACUACUGACCUUUUGGUUAGCAGCCAUAGCUCUUAACCGCUACGCCACCAGGAAUUCAGCAAGUUCGCAGAAACACCUUAAAUAAGAAUAUACUCCUGCAUUCUCCCCUAAGACACAGGCGGGGGGGACUAUGAGCCUCUGUACAUGUGUUCAUUACAGGCCUUCAAACAAGUUCAUCCCGGUUUGAACCCCUGCUGAAAAUCUGCAUUUCUAAGAAGGUCCAAGGUGAUGCUAAUGCCCCCGGCUAGGGGCCAAUUCUAAAAACCACCAGUAAGGGCCAAAAAAAACCUAUUGCCAUUAAGUUGAUCCCUGCUCACAGCGACACUAUAGGACAGAAUAGAACUGCCUCAUAGGGUUUCCAAGCAGCAUCUGGUGGAUCUGAACUGCCGACCUCUUGGUUAGCAGGCUUAGCUCUUAACCACGACGCUUCCAGGGUUUCCGCUAGUAGAGCAGUGAUUCUCAAAAUUUAUUAUAAAUAAGAAUCACCUGGGGAUCUUGUUAAACUGUAGACUGUGAUUCAGUACAUCUGGGGUGGAGAGGCAAAUUCUCAGCAAGGGUUCCAACCGAAACUAAGGGUUUAAAGCCCUGAUUUAUUAAGAGGACUAGGCCUAGCACAGAGCCCUGCUGGUGUAGUGGUUAAGAGCUGGACUGCUAGCCAAGAGACUGACAGUUCAAAUCCAUCAACCGCUCCUUGGAAACCCCAUAGGGCAGUUCUACUCUCUCCUAUAGGGGUGGCUAUGAGUUAGAACCGACUCGAUACAAUGCGUUUUGGUUUAGGGGCAAGCGUGCUGGGUUUGUUUUUUAACAGCUUUAAAAAAAAAAUACAACGUGUUUUGGUUUAGGGGCAAGCAUGCUGGGUUUGUUUUUUAACAGCCUUAGUAACGUAUAAUUCACAUACCAUUAGGUUCACCUGUUUAAAGUGUGCAAUUCAAUGUCUUUUAAUACUUUUGGAGUCACCAGAAUCUAAUUAGCAGCCACUCCCCAUUCUCCCCUUAAACGCCUUUCCAGCCUGAAGCAACCCCAAAUUUGCAUUCCCUCCAUUGUAUCUCUUCCAGUCUGUUCUCCCCUUUCAUAAGGACACCACUCAGAUGGGAUUAGGACCCACCCUACUCUGGUAUAACCUCCUGUUAACUGACAACAUCUUCAAAGACCUCACUUCCAAACAAGGUCCUGUUCACAGGUACUGGGGUUAGGACCUAAACAUCUUCUUGAAGGACACCAUUCAAUCCAUAAACUAACGGAAAUCAAGACUUACUAUAAAGCUGUGGUAAUUAAGCCAGUGUGGUAUUGCUGCAGACUAAUGUAACAGAAUAGAGAGGCCAGGAACUGCCCACACCAAUAUGGCAUUAUUCAUAAUAGCCAGAAGGUGGACAAACAACUAACCCUAAAAGAAAAGACUGAUAAAUUGGACUUCACUAAAAUUAAGACCUAUUUUAUUAAUCAAAAGACAUCAAGAGAGUAACAAGGCAAACCACAGAAUGGCAAAUGUUUACAACCCAAAUAAAAGACUGGUAACCACAGUAUGCAAAGAAAUACUGCAAAUAAGUAAGAAAAAGACAGCCUGCUUAAAUACUAAGCAAAAGAUCUUAAUACACCUUCAUAAACGUGUCUUGUCAGUUUGUCAUACUCUGGGGGCUUCUGUGUUGCUGUGAUGCUGGAAGCUAUACCACCGGUAUUCAGAUACCAGCAGGGUCACCCAUGGAGGACAGGUUUCAGCUGAGCUUCCAGACUAAGACAGACUAGGAAGAAGGACCCAGCAGUCUACUUCUGAAAAGCAUUAGCCACUGAAAACCUUAUGAAUAGCAGCGGAACAUUCUCUGAUAUGGUGCAGGAAGAUGAGCCCCCCAGGAUGCAAGGCACUCAAAAAAUGACUGGGGAAGAGCUGGCUCCUCAAAGUAGAGUCAACCUUAAUGACGUGGAUGGAGUAAAGCGUUCGGGACCUUCAUUUGCUGAUGAGGCACAACUCAAAAUGAGAAGAAACAGAUGCAAACAUCCAUUAAUAAUAUGAACCUGGAAUGUACGAAGUAUGAGUCCAGGAAAAUUGGAAAUCGUCAAAGGUGAAAUGGAAUGCAUAGACAUCGGUAACCUAGACAUUAGUAAGCUGAAAUGGACAGGUACUGGCCAUUUGGAACUAGACAAUCACAUAGUCUACUAUGCUGGCAAUGACAACUUGAAGAGGAAUGGUGUUGCAUUCACCGUCAAAAAGAACACAUCAAGAUCUACCCUGAAGUAUAACAGUCAGUGAUAGGAUAAUAUCCAUAUAGCUCCAAGGAAGACCAGUUAAUACGACUAUUAUUCAAAUUUACGCACCAACCACAAGGGCCAAAGAUGAAGAAACAGAAGAUUUUUAUCAGCUGCUGCAGUCUGAAAUUGAUCGGCCAUGCAAUCAAGACCCAUUGAUAAUUACUGGCGAUUUGAAUGCGAAAGUUGGAAACAAGAAGGGUCAGUAGUUGGAAAAUAUGGCCUUGGUGACAGAAACAAUGCCCGAGAUCGAAUGACAGAAUUUUGCAAGACCAACGACUUCUUCAUUGCACAUACCUUCUUUCACCAACACAAACGGUGACUAUACACAUGGACCUUGCCAGGUAGGAUGCACAGACAUCAAAUUGACUACAUCUGUGGAAAGAGACCAUGGAAAAGCUCAAUAUCAUCAGUCAGAACAAGGCCAGGGGCCGACUGUGGAACAGACCAUCAAUUGCUCAUAUGCAAGUUCAAGCUGAAACUGAAGAAAAUCAGAGCAAGUCCACGAGAGCCAAAAUAUAACCUUGAGUAUAUCCCACCUGAAUUCAGAGACCAUCUGAAGAACAGAUUUGACACAUUGAACACUAGUGACCGAAGACCUGACGAGUUGUGGAAUGACAUCAAGGACAUCAUCCACGAAGAAAGCAAGAGGUUGUUGAAAAGACAGGAAAGAAAGAAAAGAAAAAGAUGAAUGUCAGAGGAGACUCUGAAACCUGCUCUCGAAUGUCGAGCAGCUAAAGCAAAAGGAAGAACUGAUGAAGUAAAAGAACCGAACAGGAGAUUUCAAAGGGCCUCUCGAGAAGACAAACUGAACUAUUAUAAUGACAUGUGCAAAGAGCUGGAGAUGGAAAACCAAAAGGGAAGAACACGCUCGGCAUUUCUCAAGCUGAAAGAACUGAAGAAAAAAUUUAAUCCUCGAGUUGAAAUAGUGAAGGGUUCCGUGGAAAAUAUUAAACAACACAGGAAGCAUCUUCAAAAGAAGAUGGAAAGAAUACAAAGAGUCAUUAUACCAAAAAGAACUAGUCGAUGUUCAACCAUUUCAAGAGGUGGCAUAUGAUCAGGAACUGAUGGUACUGAAGGAAGAAGUCCAAGCUGCUCUGAAGGCAUUGGCGAAAAACAAGGCUCCAGGAAUUGAUGGAAUAUCAAUUGAGAUGUUUCAACAAACAGAUGCAGCGCUGGAGGUGCUCACUCGUCUAUGCCGAGAAAUAUGGAAGACAGCUGCCUGGCCAACUGACUGGAAUAGAUCCAUAUUUAUGCCUAUUCCCAAGAAAGGUGAUCCAACCGAAUGUGGAAAUUAUAGAACAAUACCAUUAAUAUCACAUGCAAGCAAAAUUUUGCUGAAGAUCAUUCAAAAACGGCUGAAGCAGUAUAUCGACAGGGAACUGCCAGAAAUUCAGGCUGGUUUCAGAAGAGGACGAGGAACCAAGGAUAUCAUUCCUGAUGUCAGAUGGAUCCUGGCUGAAAGCAGAGAAUACCAGAAAGAUGUUUACCUGUGUUUUAUUGACUAUGCAAAGGCAUUCAACUGUGUGGAUCAUAACAAACUAUGGAUAACAUUGCGAAGAACGGGAAUUCCAGAACACUUAAUUGUGGUCCUGAGGAACCUUUACAUAGAUCAAGAGGCAGUUGUUUGGAAAGAACAAGGGGAUACUGAUUGGUUAAAAGUCAGGAAAGGUGUGCGUCUGGGUUGUAUUCUUUCACCAUACCUAUUUAAUCUGUAUGCUGAGCAAAUAAUACCAGAAGCUAGACUAUAUCUAUGAGUCGGAAUCGACUCAACAGCACUGGGCUGGGGACUAUAUGAAGAAGAACAGGGCAUCGGGAUUGGAGGAAGACUCACUAAGAACAUGUGUUAUGCAGAUGACACAACCUUGCUUGCUGAAAGUGAAGAGGACUUGAAGCACAGUAAUUACUAAUGAAGAUCAAAGACCGCAGCCUUCAGUACGGAUUGCACAUCAACAUAAAGAAAACAAAAAUCCUCACAACUGGACCAAUGAGCAACAUCAUGAUAAACGCAGAAAAGAUUGAAGUUGUCGAGGAUUUCAUUUUACUUGGAUCCACGAUCAAGAGCCAUGGAAGCAGCAGUCAAGAAAUCAAAAGAUGCAUUGCAUUGGGUAAAUCUGCUGCAAAGGACCUCUUCAAAGUGUUGAAGAGCAAAGAUGUCACCCUGAAGACUAAGGUGCCUGUGACCCAAGGCAUGGAAUUUUCAAUUGCGUCAUAUGCAUGUGAAAGCUGGACAAUGAAUAAGGAAGACUGAAGAAGAGUUAACGCCUUUGAAUUGUGGCGUUGGCGAAGAAUAUUGAAUAUACCACGGACUGCCAAAAGAACGAACAAAUCUGUCUUGGAAGAAGUGCAACCAGAAUGCUUCUUACAGGCAAGUAUGACGAGACUGCGUCUUACGUAUAUUGGACAUGUUGUCAGGAGGGAUCAGUCCCUGGAGAAGGACAUCAUGCUUGGCAGAGUACAGGGUCAGCAGAAAGGAGGAAGACCCUCAACGAGGUAGAUUGACACAGUGGCUGCAAUAAUGAGCUCAAGCAUAACAACAAUUGUAAGGAUGGUGCAAGACCGGGCAGUGUUUCGUUCUCUUGUGCAUAGGGUCUCUAUGAGUCGGAAUCGACUCAACAACACCUAACAACAACAACACCUUCAUAAAAGGGGAUAUACAAAUGGCCAAUGAGCAAGUGAACUAAUACUCAACAAUGUUAGUCAUUAAGGAAAUUCAACUCAUGAAUGCAUAAACAUCGAUGCAUCCAUACCAUAGAAUAGGACCUAGGGACACAUGCUACAACAUGGAUGAACCUUGAAGACAUGAUUCUGAGUGAACGAAGCCAGUCACAAAAGACCACGUAGUUUAAGAUUCCAUUUAUAUGAAAUGUCCACAUUAGAUAUUUCACACCUAUUAGAAUGGCGAAAUGUCAUGGAUUGAAUUACAUCCCCCACCCCACACCCCCCAAAAAUGUGUGUAUCAGUUUGGCUGGGCCAUGAUUCCUGGUAUUGUGUGAUUUUCCUGUAUGUUGUAAAUCCUGCUUCUAUAAUGUUAAUGAAGGAGAAGGGGUGGUGGUUGUGUUAGUGGGCAAAGGAUAUGAACAGACACUUCGCUAAAGAAGAUAUUCAGGCAGCUAACAGAUACAUCAGAAAAUGCUCUCGAUCAUUAGCCAUUAGAGAAAUGAAAAUUAAAACAACGAUGAGAUUCCAUCUCACUCCAACAAGGCUGGCAUUAAUCCAAAAAACACAAAAUAAUAAAUGUUGGAGAGGCUGCGGAGAGACUGGAACUCUUAUACACUGCUGGUGGGAAUGUAAAAUGGUACAACCACUUUGGAAAUCUAUCUGGCAUUUUCUUAAAAAGUUAGAAAUAGAACUACCAUACAACCCAGAAAUCCCACUCCUCGGAAUAUAACCUAGAGAAAUAAGAGCCUUUACACGAACAGAUAUAUGCACACCCAUGUUUAUGGCAGCAUUGUUUACAAUAGCAAAAAGCUGGAAGCAACCAAGGUGUCCAUCAACAGAUGAAUGGUUAAAUAAAUUAUGGUAUAUUCACACAAUGGAAUACUACUCAUCGAUAAAGGACAGUGAGCAAUCUGUGAAACAUUUCAUAACAUGGAGGAACCUGGAAGGCAUUAUGCUGAGUGAAAUUAGUCAGUUGCGAAAGGACAAAUAUUGUAUAAGACCACUAUUAUAAGAACUUGAGAAAUAGUUUAAUCUGAGAAGAAAACAUUCUUUUGUGGUUACGAGGGGGGGAGGGAGGAAGGGUGGGAGAGGGUUAUUUACUGAUUAGUUAGUAGAUAAGAACUCCUUUAGGUGAAGGGAAGGACAAUACUCAAUACACGGACGGUCAGCUCAACUGGACUGGACCAAAAGCAAAGAAGUUUCCGGAUAAACUGAAUGCUUCAAAGGUCAGUGGAGCAAGGGCGGGGGUUUGGGGACUAUGGCUUAAGGGAACUUCUAAGUCAAUUGGCAAAAUAAUACUAUUAUGAAAAAUUCUGCAUCCCACUUUGAAAUGUGGCGUCCGGGGUCUUAAAUACUAACAAGCGGCCAUCUUAAGAUGCAUCAAUUGGUCUCAACCCACCUGGAUCAAAGGAGAAUGAAGAACACCAAGGUCACACGAUAACUAUGAGCCCAAGAGACAGAAAGGGCCACGUGAACCAGAGACUUACAUCGUCCUGAGACCAGAAGAACUAGAUGGUGCCCGGCCACAACCGAUGACUGCCCUGACAGGGAGCACAACAGAGAACCCCUGAGGGAGGAGGAGAACAAACAGUGGGAUAAAAAAAAAUGCAGACCCCAAAUUCUCAUACAAAGACCAGACUUAACGGUCUGACUGAGACUAGAAGAAUCCCGGCGGUCAUGGUCCCCAAACCUUCUGUUGGCCCAGGACAGGAACCAUUCCCGAAGACAACUCAUCAGACAUGGAAGGGACUGGACAAUGGGUUGGAGAGAGAUGCUGAUGAAGAGUGAGCUACUUGUAUCAGGUAGACACUUGAGACUGUGUUCCAUCUCCUGUCUGGAGGGGAGAUAGGAGGGUAGAGACGGUUAGAAACUGGCAAAACGGUCACGAAAGGAGAGACUGGAAGGAGGCAGUGGGCUGACUCAUUAGGGGGAGAGUAAAUGGGAGUAUGGAGUAAGGUGUAUAUAAGCUUAUAUGUGACAGACUGACUUGAUUUGUAAACUUUCACUUAAAGCACAAUAAAAAUUAUUUUAAAAAAAAAGAAUAUUUCAAGAUCUAUCCUGAAGUACAAGGCUGUCAGUGAUAGGAUAACAUACAUACGCCUACAAGAGAGACCAGUUUAUACAACUAUUAUUCAAAUUUACGCACCAACCACUAGGACCAAGGAUGAAGAAAUAGAAGAUUUUUAUCAGCUGCUGCAGUCUGAAAUUGAUCGGCCAUGCAGUCAAGACCCAUUGAUAAUUACUGGUGACUGGAAUGCGAAAGUUGGAAACGGAGAAGAAGGACAGGUCGUUGGAAAAUAUGGCCUUGGUGAUAGAAACAGUACUGCAGACUGCAUGAUAGAAUUUUGCAAGACGAACAAAUUCUUCAUCGCAAAUACCUUCUUUCACAAACAUAAAUGGCGUCUCUACACAUGGGCCUUGCCAGAUGGAAUACACAGGAAUCAAAUCGACUACAUCUGUGGAAAGAGACAAUGGUAAAGCUCAAUAUCAUCAGUCAGAACAAGGCCAGGGGCAGAGUGUGGAUCAGACCAUCAAUUACUCAUAUGCAACCUCAAAUUGAAACUGAAGAAAUCAGAACAAGUCCACAACAGCCAAAGUACGACCUUGAAUAUAUUCCACCUGAAUUUAGAGAUCAUCUCAAGAAUAGAUCUGAUGCGUUAAAUACCAGUGAAGGAGGACCAGAUGAGUUGUGGAAUGACAUCAAGGACAUCAUACAUAAAGAAAGCAAGAGGUGAGCCAAGAUGGUGCAAUAGACAGAUGCUUCCAGUGAGCCCUCUUUACAACAAAGACCUGAAAAAAUAAGUGAAAUGAGUAUAUUUGUGACAAGCUGGGAGCCCUGAGCUUCAAAGGCAAGGUUAGAAAACGAACUGAGGGUCAGGGGGAGGAAGAGACUGUUCAGAAGCAGAGAGGAGUUACUGGACCUGAAUCGUGGGGAGCCCUUAGGCACCAUUCCUGAGAGCGGUGGCGGCGGCAGCGGCCUGGUACUAGCAUUCGGCCGCAGUUUCCUCAGAGAGAAGCAGCAGCCACACAGUCCACUCACACCUCCGGGACCUGAGGAGAACACAGUUUCCUCAGGGAGAAGCAGCAGCCACAUAGCCCACUCACACCUCCGGGACCUGAGGAGAAGGGCGCUCUUGGCCAAAGCUAAGUACUUGCCAAUAUUUUACCACGCCCCCACCCCCCUACCCCCAAGCUGGCUUAAACAGCUGAAUUCCCUGGGCUUGAGAUCGGCCCUGUUGAACACCUAGAGCCAUCCUCCCGGCCUUGGAGAAGGAAAAAAUUUGCAACUGGGGGAAAAGAUAAUUUGCCAGCUCCACUAACCAGGGGAGCUCAGGACAGAAGUGGCUCCUGUCCAGGCAUAAACGGUCCGUGGACUUUGAGCACCUUUCCCAUCAGCAUGGACCAGUGUGGGCCUAUUUCCGGAGACUAGGCCCUUGUUGGCAGACUACAACCAUGUCAGCUGUGCAGUGGAGAGGUGGGUGUUUGAUGUUUGACAUUGUUUUGCCUAUUAAACAAGUUCCUCACCUAACUACAUCAGGGACCUAAGGACCAGGAGCUCCACUCAGGUCACCCAGCCAUCCAUGACAGGGGUCCAACAAUAACUGGUACCUCCCAGUCCUUACAACCAAAAACUUUGGGUGGCCAUGGUCCGUCUGCAGAACCCACCCACCUGCACGCUCUAGGCAACAGGGAUGUGCUUUCCUCAGAGACACUUGGGGGUCAGUUCUCAGCCCCCUGCCUUGUUCAGAGCGUGACCCCCUAUUGUAAUCAGAUACCGGUACCUAAACUAAUCACCCCUGCCCCUCUAUGACUGUAGGACAGAGCCUGUACCACACACUUGAUGAUCAGCUACCUGGACACCUGAGCUGAAUUCAUACAAGAGAAGGGAAUGGACUCCUAGACUGAUAUACAUGAUAACAGCUCUAGCCAUCUCAGGACAGGACGUCAGUGGUCCAAAGGCGAAAACAAUCAAGGUAGCUCACUCAAGCAACACAUUUGGGUGUAUCAAAACAAAACAAAGCAAGAAGUUACGACACAGUAACCAAGCAAAAAGUAAUACAGUAAUUUAUGGAUGGCUCAGAGACAACAGUCAAUAUCAAGUCACAUAAAGAAACAGACCACGAUCACCUCAACAGGCUCUCAAAACAAAGAAUCCAGGGAUCUUCUAGAUGAAAGUGCAUUCCUGGAAUUACCAGAGGCAGAAUACAAGAGAUUAAUAUACAGAACCCUUCAAGACAUCAGGAAGGAAAUGAGGCAAUAUGCAGAACAAGCCAAGGAACACAUGGAUAAAGCAACUGAAGAAAUUAGGAAGCUUAUUCAGGAACAUAAUGAAAAAUUUAAUAAGCUGGAAAAAUCCAUAGGCAGACAACAAUCAGAAAUUCAGAACAUUACGUAUAAAAUUACAGAAGUAGAGAACUCAAUAGAAAGUCAGAGGAGCAGAGUAGAAGCCAGAAUUCCUGAACUCAAACAUAAAUCACUUGGCACUAAUAUAUGUGAUGAAAAAUCAGAUAGAGGAAUUAAAAAAAAAAAAAGAAGAUACCUUAAGAAUCAUGUGGGACUCUAUCAAGAGAAAUAACCUACGAGUGAUUGGAGUAGCAGAACAGGGAAGGAUAACAGAAAAUACAGAGAGAAUUGUUGAAGAUUUGUUGGCAGACAACUUCCCUGAUAUUGUGAAAGAUGAGAAGAUAUCUAUCCAAGAUGCUCAUCGAACUCCACAUAGGUAGAUGUUAAAAGAAAGUCACCAAGACAUAUUAUAAUCAAACUUAACCAAAACCAAAGAUAAAGAGAGAAUUUUAAGAGCAGCUAGGGAGAAAUGAAAAGUCACCUACAAAGGAGAGCCCAUAAGAAUAAGCUCAGACUACUUGGCAGAAACCAUGCAGGAAGAAGGCAAUGGGAUGACAUAUUUAAAAAAUGGAAUGAUAAAAACUGCCAGACAAGAAUCAUAUAUCCAGCAAAACUGUCUCUUAAAUAUGAAGGCGAAAUUAGGACAUUUCCAGGUAAACUGAAGUUGAGGGAAUUCGUAAGAACCAAACCAAAACUACAAGAAAUACUAAAGGGUGUUCUUUGGUUAGAAGAUCAAUAAUAUCAGGUAUCAACCCAAGACUAGAACGCUGGGCAGAGCAACCAGAAGUCAACCCAGACAGGGAAACCCAAAAAAACAAAGCAAGAUUAUUCAAAAAAAAAAAAAAAAAAGCUCAAAACAGG